AUGGCCGAGGCUAACAGAAGCAUCGAGUCGAUCCUGGCUGCCCUUGCAGCUCAGAGACCCCCAGCUGCAGCGACGCCGAAUCCUGCGCAGCCGCCCUACCAGCAGACCCCGACUCCCACCGCAUACCCGCCCACAAUGCCCCCCGGGGUCCCGCCGCCUGCAUAUGGUGCAGCGCCGUAUUCCCUUCCUCAGCCCUCGUCCAGUGGUGCCCUUGACUUGAGUGCAAUCAAACCCGUCAAUUCUGGUACCGUCAGUAUUGCCGAUGCUAUCGCCCAGGCCAAGGCUUUCGCAACUGAGAAGGGCAUCCCCUCGUAUGAUAUCGCGCGGGCCCCUCCUACAUACCAAUCGCAUGACCCUCGCGCUGGUGAUGCUAGACACUAUAGAUCUCGCUCGCGGUCGCCACCUGCUCGUCGUGAUGCCUAUCGUGACAAUUUCAACCCCUACCGGGAUGAACGCCGUGAAGACAGCCGCGGAGGCUAUGGUCGCGAACGCUCUGCGUCCCCUGGUGCCAAUAGAGCCCGCUAUGGCAACCGCUCCCCUCGUGGUGGCGCCAAUGGCCGAGGUGGCGAUGAUGACAGCGAGACUAUCCAGAUUGAGUCGAGCUUAGUUGGUCUGAUCAUCGGAAGACAAGGCGAGAAUCUGCGUCGCGUUGAAUCCUCAACUGGCUGCCGUGUGCAAUUCAUCACUGGUCCUGAUAACCAAGGCCCCUACCGUCAGUGCAGAAUAAGUGGUCCACGUGCUAGUCGCGCCGAGGCCAAGGCUGCCAUCAACAGAAUCAUUGAAGACUCCGGCAUGGGAGCAGUAGCUCGUGCCGAUGCGCCGCAUAAUGGCGGCGGACGUGGUUCCAGUGCUGGUGCUCCCGCUCCGGCACCCACUCAACUCCGCGAGGGUGAGGAUGUCAUGCAAAUCAUGGUGCCUGAUCGAACCGUUGGCUUAAUCAUUGGUCGUGGUGGUGAGACUAUCCGGGAUCUGCAGGAACGCAGCGGAUGCCACAUCAACAUCACUAGUGAGUCUAAGAGUGUCAAUGGCCUUCGACCCGUCAACCUUAUUGGUACGCGUGAAGCCGCUGCCCAAGCCAAGGAGCAGAUCAUGGAGAUCGUGGAUAGUGACAGCCGCAAUGUCAACGGUGGUGGUGCUGGUGGCGGUGGCGGCGGUGCUAAGCCAGACCGUCACCCCAAGCCCGACCAUGGCCGUGAUUCCAUGCCAGGCGGCGGUGGUGAUAAGAUUAACGACGCCAUCUUUGUUCCCUCUGAGGCCGUUGGCAUGAUUAUUGGCAAGGGCGGUGAAACCAUCCGUGAAAUGCAGAACACCACGGGCUGCAAGAUCAACGUUUCUCAAUCAUCUGGCCCUGGUGAGACGGAACGAGAGAUUGGCCUGGUGGGAUCUCGUGAUGCCAUUAACAGAGCCAAGAUUGCCAUCGAAGACAAGGUUGAAGCAGUGCGCCAGAAGAACAGUAGUGGUGGAGGAGGAGGCCGCGGCGGUCGUGGUGGUGGUGGUGGCGGUCAGAACCGCCGCGAUUACGACAACACUGGCUACUCGCAACAGGGCUCUGGCAACCAGAGCAACCCUGCUGCUGGUGGACAGCCUCCCGCUGCCGCCAAUGGCGCGGAUCCCUACGCUGCUUAUGGCGGUUACCAAAACUACGUUGCCCUAUGGUAUCAGGCCUUGGCUUCGCAAGGACAAGCCCCGGGCCAACCUGGUGGCGCGCCCCCUGGACCGUAA